AUGUCUUUUUCUGAGGAUGUCAUUGAUUUAAAAUGUCCCCUUUGUCUUUGCCGUUUUUAUGAUCCAAUUAUUCUUGAUUGUGGACAUACAUUUGAUCGAUCAUGUAUACAAAAAAUGAUAGAUUUAAAUGAAUUAUUCAAUCCAACAAGACCAAGUCGAUGUCCUCUAUGUAAUUUUAUAUUUAAUCCAAGAAAUCCUUUAAUAUCAAAUAAAUCAUUAAAUAAGCUUAUUAAACUUGAUUCAACAUAUGAAUGGUUUUUUAUUGAUAUAAAAUCACCUGAACAAAAAACAAAUGUUCUUACAUUUCUCAAACGUGUAUUUAAUAAAAGAGAUAUAUCACAAAUACAUCAUAUUAUUUUUGAAACUGAUGAUAAAAGAUUAGAAUUUAAUUCUAGUAUAGAUUUUGAUCAAGAAUUAAAACCAAAAUCUAUAUCAAAUUUAAAUAAUAUGCUACAAGAUGUUUGUAAAUAUUUACAACAACAAAAUGGUCUUCGCAAAAUUUGUAUUCUUACUGAUGGAUUAACAAAACAUUCAAAUUUAACAAAGAUUAAGUCGAAUAUAAUUAAUCAACGUUUUAUUAUUCAUAUAGGAGAUAAAAAUAUUGCACGGACUCGUCAACUUGCUGAUGAUAUUAAUUUUCAUUUUGAAUAUUUCAAUGAGAAAACACUCGAUAUUUAUGUACAACAUUUUAUUAUAAAUUUUUAA